AUGUCACCUCCCGGGCACCAGCGCGUCACCCAGAUCGUGGUGUGGGAUGAGGAUUUCUUCCAGGGCAAGAAGCACGAGUUCACCACUGACUGCUACAGCACCGCAGAGCACGGCUUCAGCACCGUCCGCUCCUGCAAGAUCGAGAGUGGGGCAUGGGCCGGCUUCGAGCACUGCGGCUUCCAGGGGCAGCAGUUCGUGCUGGAGCGCGGCGAGUACCCGUGCUGGGAGGCGUGGAGCGGCAGCAACGCCUACCAUGUGGAGAGGAUGUGCUCCUUCCGCCCCAUCGCCUGCGCUGACCAUGGGCGCAGCAGGCUCAUGCUCUUUGAGGAGGAGAACUUC